UGCACGCGAACGGCAAAGAGCCGUGCGCGUGCAUUUCGCCAGACAAAACCGACAAGAAGCUGAGAGCAGCAAGGCGCGCUGGCGCGCUCUUCGCACAAACAGCUGCAUGUAGACGGCUCGAGAGAAGAAAGUCGGAAGAGACAACGAAGAUAUCUGGCAUCGACACUCGGCGCACUUUCCACCUUGGCGCCCUCCAUGGGCUCCCAUACAGGACCGAGUUCAGUGUCUCAAGGUGAUGCUGGCAACAAGCCUGCUCCGGUGUCGAGAAAAGAGAAGUGGAAGCAUGCAAUCAAGGAGUACGGUAGUGCAAUGGUGGCGUUCCAUGUCGUGUUGUCAUUUACAUCCUUCGGCAUCUGCUACGUACUUGUUUCGAGUGGUGUAGACAUGACAGCAGUUGCAGAGAAGCUUGGUUUCAGCAUGGACUCCCAGUGGGUGAACUCAAAGAUUGCUGGUGGAAGUGGUACACUUGUACUUGCGUACGCGGUCCAUAAACUGUUUACCCCCGUGCGCAUGGGCAUUACUUUGUCUACAACGCCGAUACUCGUGCGGUGGUUGCGGCGCAAUGGCAUUUGGGGCUUCAGAUAUUGAGUGGAUGUUAGCGCUUACCCAUGACCGAAAUUAAUCUAUGUAGAUAUGCGUAAGUCGUAAGUUCUUGUUAAACAGCUGUAUUUUAAGUUGAAUAAAACGAGAUUUGAGCUGA